AUGAGUGAUAAGGAAAAGGCUUCGGAAAACGCAAAAGAAGCACCUCAAGAUGAGAAGCCGAAUGAUGAACCGGAAGUUUUGAGAUUCCCUCCAGAGGAAGAAGCAGCCGAUGCCAACUCUCUCUUCGCCUCCAAAGACUACCACAACGCCCUCUCUAGAUACGACGACGCCAUCGCCUCGUGCCCCAACUACCUUCACUACGAACGUGCAGUGAUACAGAGCAACAUUUCUGCGUGUCAUUUACAGGUCGAACAAUGGACGGAAGCAAUAAAGGCCGCAACAGAUGCCAUUGACAGCUUGACAAAAGCCGAGAGCGAGGAGCAACUUGUGCCAAAAGACGAGCUCAAAGACACCAAACCAGAUCAUAAAGACAACACGACGAAUGACAACAAGAAUGGGGAUGAUGAUGUCGAGGGAGAAAUCAUCAGCUCCGGAGCAGAGCGAGCUGCACCUAUGGCUCCCCCUGAACCAACCCCCGAGCAGGCAGCACUAGAGAACCGCAAAGCUGACAUUCUGCGUAUCCGCACAAAAGCCUUACUUCGACGUGCACGCGCCCGUUCUGAAGCCGGUGGCUGGUCCAACCUCGCCGGCGCUGAAGAUGACUAUCGCUCUCUCUCGCAAAUGCCUGGUCUGACGCCCGCGGACCAGCGCACCGUCCGAUCACAGCUCAAGGCCUUGCCGCCGCGAACAAAGGCUGCUCAGGAGGCCGAAAUGUCUGAAAUGUGGGGGAAACUGCGUGGUCUCGGCGAUAGCCUUCUCAAACCUUUUGGCCUGAGCACCAAUAAUUUCCAAAUGGUCAAGGAUGAAAAUACGGGAGGAUAUAGUAUGAAUUUCUCACAAGGCGGGCCGUCAUCAUGA